UUUUUUUUUUUUGGACAGAAACUGGUGGGGGUGGGGAAAAAAAAGGGGAACUGGGAAGAGAAGGAGAGGAAGUUAAACGUUGCUUCCUUCCCAGGGUUCCUUAGAAAACUCAAUAUGGCAUCUUCCAUGAGGAGCUUGUUCUCUGACCACAGCAGAUAUGUUGAAUCUUUUCGGAGGUUUCUCCGAAGCUCCACGGAACACCAGUGCAUGCAGGAAUUCUUGGACAAGAAGCUGCCCGGCAUAAUAGCAAGUAUUGGAGACUCAAAGUCAGAAAUUAAGAUUCUGAGCAUAGGCGGAGGUGCAGGUGAAAUUGAUCUUCAAAUUCUAUCCAAAGUCCAGGCUCAACACCCAGGAGUUUGUAUCAACAAUGAAGUUGUUGAGCCCAGCUCUGACCAAAUUGCCAAGUACAAAGAGCUUGUAGCUAAGAAAUCAAACCUGGAGAACAUAAAGUUUGCUUGGCAUAAGGAGACAUCAUCUGAAUAUCAAAAUAGAGUGGUGGAGAGAAAAGAACUCCAAAAGUGGGACUUUAUUCACAUGAUUCAGAUGCUGUAUUAUGUAAAAGACAUCCCCGCUACUCUAAAAUUCUUCCAUAGUAUCUUAGCUACCAAAGCCAAGAUUCUCAUUAUUGUUGUGUCAGGCACCAGUGGCUGGGACAAAUUGUGGAAAAAGUAUGGAUCCCGCCUACCUCGGGAUGACCUCUGCCAGUAUGUCACUUCAUAUGACCUCACUCAGAUACUGGAUAACCUAGGAAUUAAGUAUGAUUGUUAUGAUCUACCGUCCACCAUGGACAUAAGUGACUGCUUUGUUGAUGGUAAUGAAAAUGGAGACUUACUUUGGGAUUUUUUGACAGAAACCUGCAACUUUAAUACGACAGCUCCACCAAGACUUAAAGCAGAAAUCAUGAAAGAUCUUAAUGAGCCUGAAUUUAGUAUUAAGAAAGAUGGGAAAAUUCUUUUUAAUAAUAAUCUGAGUUUCAUUGUGAUUGAAGCUUAACUAUCCAUCACAAGAAUAUAUUCAAAAAUUAUAUUUUCAAUAGCAGUUGGUCAUUUACUUCCCAAUUAAAAUUACAACUGUUUUUCAUAAUAUAUAAAUAAUUGCUUCUUACAAAUUGAAUCUAAAAAAUUUCAUAAACUUUCAUACAGAAUCUUAUGGGAGUACUUCUGCACUAAUUUCGUCCCUGAGAGAUCACAUGCAGGCUAACUACCAUGUCAGCUAGAAAUAGAAGACCUGAGUUCCAUUGACUUGUUGAAAACAAAAUCCUUUCCAUUAGCUGAUUUUACUAUACAUUUGUAGACUACUAAUAAAAUAUGUCCACUGGAUUCUUAAAUGCUAGUAAAGUAAGAAUUUAUUGAUACUUUGACUGCUAAUAAAAUAGAUUUUUCUCCUCCUCUUAAGAA